AGCAUAAUGGAUUUCAGGUUCAUGGGUCUUGACAAUGAUAUGUUCAAAACCAUCCAACACAUACUGGAUGUUGCAGACGAGACCGAGAAGCCCGCAAAUGCUCCAAGUAAGACUUAUGUCCGAGACGCCAAGGCCAUGGCUUCCACUCCUGCGGAUAUCAAAGAGUACCCAAACUCUUACGUAUUCAUCAUCGACAUGCCAGGGGUGAAGCCUACCGAAAUCACGGUGCAGGUGGAGGAUAACGUUUUGCAUGUUGUCGGAGAGAGAAAGCGCGAGGAGGAAGAAGCAGAGGUUAAGUAUGUUAAGAUGGAGCGCAGGGUAGGCAAGUUUAUGAGGAAAUUUUUGCUCCCUGAGAAUGCUGACACGGAGUCCAUCUCUGCCUUUUACCAAGACGGUGUUCUCACUGUCACUGUCGAGAAGCUGCCUCCGCCGGAGCCCAAGAAGGCCAAGAACAUCGAAGUCAAGAUCGCCUGAAGCUCGACGAAAAUGGUUGC